AUGGCGCGUUCUCCUCUAGCUUCCUCACUUGUGGCGGUACUGCUUGUAACCGCGCUAUUCGCAUCAUGCGCACAGUCUAGACUCGUCUCCAACGGACUGCUCGGGAACCGCAUCCCGAACCGACCAGCUCAAGUCACCAGCACCAUCACCAGUACCGUGUCCGACCUAAAAACCGCGCUGCAAGCGCAAGUCAGUUCAUUGGAAGGGGCGCUGACGCAAUCGCUCAACAAGCUUGCAACCACGUUGAACGACAACGCAUCCGCGGCGACAUUGGCACUUCAAGCGCAGAUAUCCGCCCUCCAGAGCAGCAUAGACUCUCUCAACGCACGCAUUGCGAACCUCGACCUUAUUCUAUACCUUAGAAUCACGCGACCCGGCGGCGUUGCUCCCCAGACGACUCCUAUCGCACUCCAGUCGCGCAUCUCGUCGCUAAAAGGCAGCAUCCCCGCUCUCAACAAGCGCGCUACAUCGCUCACCACAGACCUGGCUGGCAUCCUCCCCAACCUCCGCGCAUUGCUGAGUCAGCGAGUGGCGGCGCUCAGUGAGAGGGUGGGUGCACUGAAUCUGGACGUGUCGGCGCUCGCUGCGCAGGUGGACGCGCUGAUCGCCCCGCUGAGUGACGCCCUUGGCGUGGCGGACCUCGUGGCUCUGCUGCCGCACCCAGCAGUGGCAUACCAGCUGGUGGCGACAGGCAUGGCGGAGGCACCGCAGGCGGCGGCCAUCUACAGCGGUAACAGCACGUGCGGCCAGGCAGCCCCACCCGUGGCGCUGCAGCUGCCCGGCACGUGGCAGCUGCUGAGCUCCGUGUCGUGGUCGCUGGCCAAUGUGCUCACUGUCGCGCCGGCGGACCUGGCGCCCGUGCUCAGCGCCAUCCAGGCGGGCACCAAUGGGCAGCUCUACAUUGGCUUCGCGGGCACCAGCAGCAGCUUGUCGGGAAAACUCAUUGGUGGCAGGUUCUGA